AUGAGCUCUUCUGCUCUCCCAGAUAAACGUCGCACACUCCAAAAACUGGUUGUAGAUAGCAACAACGACUUGGCGGAAGCCGCCACUCCCAUAACUUCGAAUCGACACGGUUUCGAGAUUCUUUCGACUAUCGAACUACCUGCGGUUGCCGAUUCACUGUCUGCCCCGGUGCGGACUGCGAGUCUAUCAUCGAUACAACAUGCAGAAAUUUCAUCACCGUCUACUGUCCAAUUGCCACGAUUCUCUUCUCAGGAGAUUGAACCAAUUUUAGCACCACGCCAAAUGUUUCUGCCUAUGAAUGAGUCGAAUGGGCAACAGCUGUCCUCGCGAGGAACGAUUUCAUAUCAAACAUCUAACGGCUUUUUUCCAUACGUCCCUGCCCUUCCUCUGGCUCGAUCCGGAGACGCCGAUUAUCUCGCCACCUUUGUUCUUUGUGUCUCUACGUUGACGCCGCCACUUUUGGAGUACAUCGUUUUCCGAAUAACAUAUUUUCUCCAAAAUAUGCCGAUUACCUCUGGCCUCAACUUCCCGCGACGGUCGGAAGUGACUCGCAAGCAUAUCCCGCAGACGCGACAACGUCCACCUCAAGAUGGCGAUGGCCGUGUGCGGGGUAUUGUCAACUUUGGACAAACGUGCUUCCUGAACUCGGUCAUGCAAUCACUUGCUUCUCUCGAGCCCUUCGUUGCUUAUUUGGAAUAUGUCGUGGAAAAGGAGAAGAAAGACACCUUGCAAUCGUAUUUUUCAGAACCUACCACGGGUGAUGAUUUACCGGAUAGUCGGGUUAGCGAGGGAGUACUGUCCUUGUUACUUGCUGUCAACGGAGUCGUCCACACCGAAUCCAUCGACCCGCGUGAAAUUUUGGUUUCUGUUGGCCAGCAACAUUCUCAAUUCAAGUCCAAGUCUGGUGGAUCUAGCCGCCAUCAUAUCGGUAAUGAGCAGCAAGACGCGGAAGAAUUUUUACAGGCACUUGUGGGCAUGAUUGUUGGGGAUGCGAAGCUAGAUGGUGAAUCGUCAGUUGUUCCGUCGGCGUUCGCAGGUUUUUGUAAUAGCGAUUGUGAACAGGACGACAUCCUGACGGUACUAUCUAGGGAAAGGAGUCCGCAUAUCGUCCGCUCCGAUGCUGACUCAUAUAUUCCAAGCUUGCUGGUUGGUGGCAAACGCGACGGCGUCGACAAGCAGCCUCCGUCGCAAGUUGCUGCAAAAGACAGUCGGCCUAUUACUUCUGCGAAGGAACGCAUACAAUCUGUAAGCCCUGUAAAUAACUUUCAGGGCCAACGCGAGGAAAAGAAACAGGAAGAUUUUGAAAUGUGCGUCCCUGAAGUCCGAUCCGAAGGCAGUGAUGUCCACGCCAGGAGCUUGACUCCAGGCAAGACUACGAGCACUCCCCUAAUUUGUGAUCUAGACGCUAGGGAUCGGCGGGAGCUAUCGACCGCCAUGCACAUUAUGAUGACUACAAUUUCUUCGAUUACACCGUCUCCGUUCUGCGGCUGGCUGGGUUCGACUCUACAAUGUCGGAUCUGCAAGCACAUUCGACCGAUUCAGAAUGCAGCCUUCUUCGAUAUUCCGGUAGUGCCUACGACUGUGUUAGCCUCUUCGGGGCGAAGGUCCUAUGCGGGGACGCCUCAGAAACCCGAAUCAGCACCCAGCCCGCCGUGUCGGUUGGAAGAAUGUUUGGAGCGAUUCACCAACGUCGAGCGGGUUCAGGAUGUCGAAUGCCGCUGCUGUACAUUGCGUAACCUUAUCGAGAAACUUGAAGAAGAUGUCGACUUUUUGCGAGGCGCUGUAGAAGCGUUACAUGCCAAGUCGAAGCGCAAUGAACACAAUAAAGAGGAUGAACAAGGCUUUUACUUGCGCGACGAACUAGAACGAACUGAACGCCGGUUAAAUGAUGCACGCCAGAUAAAUCCUGAUGACGAUGCUCGCGUCGAUGCGUUCUUAUUAUCCGACCCAAGUGACUCAUUGGAGGGAAUAUCGGAAUCCCAAGAAACAAAGAUGGAACGCGUUGACGCUUUGAAAUGUCUCCUAUUGACGCGGUUACCAUCCAUAUUAUGUAUUCAUGUACAACGUCGAUACUACGAUCCCCAUUACAAUCGAUUGUCGAAAACAGCGCAACAUGUGAUCUUCCCUGAGGUUUUGGAUGCAGGGCCGUAUUGUGCAUAUGGCGGUCGAGUGAGCCCGACUUUUCAAUGGGCCGGAACUUCUCCACGCCAGAAGUUUACAAGCAACACAAAUUCUACCCCCAGCCCAAUUCACUACAGACUAAUGUCAGCCAUCGAGCACCAAGGGGGUGCUUUCAGUGGCCACUACGUCUGCUAUCGACGGAGCCAAAUGACUGGGCGUUGGCUUUUUAUAUCGGACGAUUCAAUCAAAGAGGUCGAUUGGCAGAAAGUUUGCCAAUGUCAGGCAUACAUGCUGUUCUAUGAAGCUAUGUAAGCUCUUUGUAUGAUUAGACCUACUUUACAUUAUG